GUAGCUUCGGCAAUAUAUAAAUGCAACACACAAUGUUUAUUUCUUCUGAGUGAACGAUUUAUAUAAAACUAGUGUGAUUUUUAGUAUAUAUGGUGGUACGAUUAUACAUCCUAAACAGAGCAGGUCGUGUGGCUAAGUCUCUUUAGGUUUAGGACAAACUUAUUAAAUGUUCUGAGGGGAUGAUGGAAGAGCAGAGCCUGGACAUGGCUGAACCAGGACAAAGUGUAAAAUAUGAAAAGACUGAGGAGAGCAAAGAGCCUACAGAGGACGAACCUGCAGCAGAAUCAGAAGAAGAUGAGGAGGCUCUGCCGCAUUCAGAAAUCCUAGACAUCUUUGAGGAGGGCCUAGCUCGUCUGGUGCAGGACCCUCUGCUCUGUGAUCUUCCAAUACAGGUGACACUUGAAGAGGUAAACUCCCAGAUCGCACUGGAAUAUGGCCAAGCCAUGACAGUCAGAGUUGUAAAGGCAGAUGGUGAAGUAAUGCCCAUUGUAGUGGUGCAAAAUGCUACAGUCCUUGAUUUAAAAAAGGCCAUAUCCAGAUAUAUGGAGCUCAAACAGCAGCGUGAGGGAGGAGUCAGAUGUAUAAGCUGGCGAUAUGUUUGGAGAACAUAUUAUUUAGUGUUUCAAGGGGAAAAGCUUGAAGAUGACAAAAUGAGAAUUAAGGAUUAUGGUAUUAGAAACCGAGAUGAAGUGACAUUUAUGAAGAGACUAAGGAAAAAGUGAUUGGAUCAUCACCAAAAAGAACCACUGCAGCUUCCUGGAGUGAUUUAUAUCACUUAUGGACAUUUAUAUACGCCAA